UAAGAAAGGCAGAGAUGAAAAGGCCAAAAAGAAACAGUGUAGAGCUAUUUGACUACCAAACAAGGAAACCCAGACUCUCUCUGUUUCCAAUUCUGAGCUUCCCUUUGGUCUUUGAAACUUUUCUGCGAAAGGGAAAGAGGAAAAAAACCAUUGCAGACGAAAUGGUGGACGUAGGUAUAGGUUUCCUCUCCGCUUCUCUUCAACUGCUGUUUCACAGGAUGGCUUCUCGGGAGUUCGUUGACUUCGUUCGCCGAUCGAAACUCGACAAUCUUCUCAACAAAUUGAAGAUGGUGUUGUUAUCAGCCAGUGAACUGCUGAACGAUGCUGAGAGGACACAGUUCGGAAGUCAAUCUGUGCGGCUUUGGCUUGACGAGCUCAAAGACGCAAUUUAUCAAACAGAAGACGUGGUGUAUGAGCUUCACAGUGAAGCUUUGCAAUGCGAAAUGAUGGGUCAAGCUGAAUCUGGAAGCGGAACUGGCGGCAUAGUUUCUCAGGUACAGGGAUUCUUCUCAUCUACAUCUGAAUUACUACCUGAUGUUGUUGUUAAACUGCGUUUGAGUUUAAAGAACAACCUUGACAUGCUAGAAUUUCUUGUUGGAAAAAACGAUGUAGUUGGUUUGAUCAAAGGUGUUAAAGCCAGCCCUUUUCGAAGAUUGUCGAAAACGGGUUUGGUGGAUGAAGAAUUUUAUGUUUUUGGGAGGGAUGCUGAUAGGGAAGCCAUUGUUAACUUGUUGUUGAGUGAUGAAGAAGGUGGUCAUAGAAUAUCUGUUGUUGUCAUUGUCGGCAUGGCUGGGAUUGGCAAGACCACCCUUGCUCAGCUUGUUUAUAUGGAUAUUGAUAAAAAGGUUAGGAAACCUUUCGAUAUCAAAGCAUGGAUCACGUUGUCAGAUGAGUUGGAUGUUUUUAGAUCAGCAAAAAAAAUUUAUGAGAAAGUCACUAAUUCGCUGGAUUGCUGUGUUGGUGAAACAUUUGACAAGCUUCAACUUAAAUUGAAAAAGUGUUUGGAAGGCAAAAGGAUUUUAUUUGUUAUUGAUGAUGUUUGGAAUGAGAAUCCUGAAAGAUGGUAUGCACUGAAGAGUCUAUUUGAGUCUGCUUCGCAUGGAAGUAAGAUUAUCAUAACAACAGAAUAUGUAACAGUUGGAUCUAGAACUGGUACUGUUCCAAAUUAUUACUUAGAAACAUUGUCUGAGGAAGAUUCAUGGCAGUUAUUUUUGAAAAGGGCCUUUAAUAAUGUAAAGCCAAGUGCAUAUAAAAAUUUGGAAGAAAUUGGUGAACAAAUUGUUAAAAAAUGUCGAGGUUUUCCAUUAGAAGUAACCUCACUUGCUGGUCUUUUGCGUACCGAACUAGAUCCCAGGAAAUGGAAAGAUGUAUUGAAGAGUGAGAUUUGGGAUUUACCUCAACAUGUACAUUUUCCAGCUUUAUGGUUGAGCUACCACUAUUUGCCUCCGCAUCUAAAACGAUGCUUUGCUUACUGUUCAAUUUUUCCUAAGGGUUAUAAAUUUCAAAAACAUAAAUUAAUUUUGUUAUGGAUGGCGGAAGACCUUUUGGUGCCGCAAAAUAAUAAGACGCUAGAAGAAGUUGGAGAAGAGUACUUUCACGAUCUAACAUCAAGGUCAUUCUUUCAUAAAAGUAAAUUUUAUGGUUUUACCAUGCAUGAGCUUGUGAGUGAUCUUGCUCAAUUUGUAUCAGGAGAAUAUUGUUUGAGGUUGGAUGACAAUUACUUAAAAAUUCUUCCAAAGAAGACGCAUCAUUUUUCGUGGACAAUAAAGGAGGCACAUAUUAACAAGAAAUUAAAGGAUGUAUUAGGAGAAGAUUACUCAAAAAUCCAUCGAAAGACAACUCCUCCUUUGACAUUGAGGACAAGGGAGACACAUAUCAAGAAAUUGGAGGAUUUAUCAACAGAAUAUUGUUUGAGGUUGUAUGAUGAAUGCUUAAAAAUCUAUCUAAAGAAGACUCGUCAUUUGUCAUGGAUGACAAAUGAGGCACAUAAGUCCAAGAAAUUAGAGGAUGUACCUUACAAUAACAGUUUGCGCACUCUACUGCGAAUAGAUGGACAGUUUGGACUAAACAACAAGUUCUUAAUGCAUCCUAACUCACUGCAAAAUUUCCAAUGCUUAAGAGUGCUUUCUUUGUAUCGAGUUGAUGCUGUCACUGGUUUGCUUGAUUUCAUUGGCAAAUUAAAGCUUCUAAGGUAUUUGGAUUUAUCUUGGACUGAAAUUAAAGAUAUACCUAAUACAAUUUGUAGUCUAUACAAUUUGCAGACGCUAUUAUUGCAUUAUUGUAGUAAUCUUAGCAUGUUGCCUGGUUCAAUUGGCAAGUUGAAGCAUCUAAGGUACUUGGAUUUAUCCAACACUCAAGUUGAAGAGAUUCCUGAUGCAGUGUGUAAUUUGCAUGAUUUGCAUACUCUGUUAUUGGGAUCUUGCAGAUUAAUUUCUUGUUUACCAACCUGUAUGGAAGAACUAAUCAACUUGCGACACUUGGACAUUAGAGCCACAUCUAUAAGAGAGAUUCCACCACAACUAUCGAACUUGAGGUAUUUGAAAAUAUCAAGUGAUUUUGUUGUGGGCACAAGCAGUGAAUCUGGUAUUAAAAUGUUGGGUGAGCUUCAAAAUAUGUGUGGUAAUCUUAGCAUUAAAAGCCUUGAAAAGGUGUUAAAUGUUGAUGAUGUUUUGGAGGCAAAUUUGAAAGAUGAGAAGUGUAUUACGGAUCUGAGUUUGGAAUGGAAAGGUAAUACUGAUGAUUCACAAAAAUCAUGGGAAGUACUUAAUGGACUUCAACCUCACAUUAAUCUUGAGCAAAUAUCUAUUAUAAAUUAUGGAGGCAUAAGCUUUUCAGAUUGGGUUGGUGACCAUUCAUUUUCCCGACUUGUAUACAUGUCACUAAGUAAAUGUAGAAAAUGCUGUCAUUUACCACCACUUGGACAGCUACCUUCCUUGAAAUCACUCAGCAUUGAUGGAUUUGAUAUGGUGGAGAGAAUAGGUGAUGAAUUCUAUACAUGUGGUUCAUCAACUGUGACUAAACCCUUCAAGUCUUUGGAAAAAUUGAGUUUCAAAUUUAUGCCUCGGUGGAAAGAGUGGUCAUUUGUAGAUGGUGAAGUUUUCUCACAACUCAAGGAACUUCAUUUAAUGGAUUGUCCAUCUCUGACAUUAAACAAGGCCUGCUUCCCUGAUUCUCUUCCAUCUUUGACAUGUCUUUACAUUUCGAAAUGCCAGCACCAGGUGGUGGCUUCACUCCUAAGUGGUCAACUUCCAUUGCUUGGUUCCUUGUACAUAGGUUAUUGUCCUGAAUUGGAGUCAUUUCCAGAGAGGAGACUGCCCAUCAAUAUACAUAAAAUUGAAAUUUUUGGAUGUCAAAACCUCGAGUUGUUUUUGGAAGAGGGAUGGCCUUCAAAUUUAAAAUCACUUUCAGUUGGUGGUUGUGGGAAGCUAUUUGUACCCCACAUGCAGUGGAAUCUUCAAACACUCACCUCUCUUACUUCCUUACACUUCAGCUGCAUGGAUGAAUUGGUGGAUUCAUUUCCAGAGGAAGGGCAACUUCCCACCACUUUGACUUCUCUCACAUUAUGUCAUCUACACAACCUUAAAUCCCUAAAUGGCAAGGCCUUUCAACAGCUCACGUCCCUUGAAGAGUUGUCAAUUUCAUACUGCAAGCAGUUGAAAUGCAUGCCAAAAGAAGGGUUGCCUCGUACUCUGACUUCGCUUCAUCUGAGUUGUCUUGAUAAUCUUAAAUCACUAAAUGGCAAGGCUCUAGUGCAGCUUUCCUCCCUUGAAAAAUUGUCAAUUUCAUACUGCCCACAGUUGCCAUGCAUGCCAGAACAAAGGUUGCCUGCUUCUCUUUCUCAAUUGACUAUCGAGUGGUGUCGUUUUCUAAAUCCACGGUGCCAAAGAGAGAUAGGAGACGAUUGGCCCAUGAUUGCUCACAUCCCUUGCAUACGCAUAAAUCCGAAGUUGAUGUGAUGCAUAUUGUAAUACAUUUUCUGAUGCAUAGUUGAAGUUCUAAAUUCAUUUCUGGAGGGAGGGGUCCACCUAGAAGGUUUCCUCUAACAUGGCUUGAUUCAGAACUCAUGUGAUCGGCAUCUUGCAUAGCUGAUGUGUCUGCACUUGUCAUACAAUGUUUUCUUUCAGAAGUAAAGGCAGCUCAACUUUUUUUGGAUAGAAGAAGCCCAAUAUAAUGUUGGAAGCAAAAUUUUGUCAUUCGUAAUGGCUGGUUGCCCAAGCUUUUGUCUCUCAAAUUCAUCAGUUCUAGCACUUCUUUGCUACCCUCAAUGUUCAGCAUGUGAUCGUGGGUAGUGGGCUCCAUGUUGCUUGCUGCUAUCUGAUCAGCGCAAUGGAUGUAUCUUAGAUGUUGAAGUUUUCAAAGACGGUAUUUAAGUCAUUAGGGCAACAAAAACCAUAUUUUUCACAUUAAUGGAAAGAUAUUUUGUAAUUAUAUCAGCUUCACUAUUUUUUUUUUCCCGGUAAUCUAUUUCAGCUUCAAUCUAAGAAAGCGUAAAUCUUCUGCAGGAAUUUACUGGAUGUUUAAAUCAUUAUAUCACUGUGUGAUACUAUGGGUGUUAAUUGAUCCACAGGUAUACAUUUGUAAGAUGUACUUCUCUGUAGGUUGGACCAAGCUUCCUUUCUUAUAUUUACUCUCUUUUGACUGCAAAAUAUGCCAUGCCAUGUGAUAAUCUUGCGGUGUUGCCUUUUUUUUUUUUUUUUUUCCUUGGAACAAUUUUGGUUGUUGCUCCUGGUCUAUAUGUUUUCAAAAACAGAAUUUUCACUUCUAAACUUUUUGGAAGUACAUGAAUAAAACUUGUUUCAGGGAGUUCAACGCCUUGAUAGCAAAAAAAAUGCAUGAGUCAGAAUUUAUAUCAGAUAUCUCCAAUUUGAAGAGUUAAUCAAGUGUCUUUGUUGAUGGCAAAGGCAAAACAAUGAGACUGAAAGAUCAUCAAACACAAUGACUUGGCAAGCCUUCGUCCAAAGCCCUUAAGAGGACCAAUGACGUUCCUCCCUUGUGAAUGCUACAUUCUUAUAUUGUUUGACAGAUGAAAACUGAAGGUUGUUUGAAUAUUUUGUAGCGUCCAUAUAAACAAUAGCAAGAAAAUUUAAUGCAUAUCAACUGUAUAUUCAAAAUUUGUUAAGUAGAUAUAUGCUGAACAUGAAAAUUUUGAAUUUUUUGGCUCGUGCAACACAAUCUUUUAGUUAAGUUUGUCCAA